AUGACCCAUUCCUGCUGCUCCCCUUGCUGUCAACCCACCUGCUGCCGGACCACUUGCUGCAAACCUACUUGUGUGACCAGCUGCUGUCAGCCCACCUGUGGUGGGUCCAGCUGCUGCCAGCCUUGCUGUCUCCCUGCCUGCUGUCAGACCACCUGCUGCAGGACCACCUGCCUCAAGCCUAUUUGUGCGACCACCUGCUGCCAGCCCACCUGCUGUGACUGCUGUCAGCCCACCUGCUGUGGACCCAGCAGCUGUGGACAAACCUGCGGUGGUUCCAAUUGCUGUCAGCCAGCUUUCUGUGUGCCCGUGUACUGCCAUAGAACCUGCUACCACCCCACAUGCUGCUGCCUGCCUGGGUGCCAAGCCCAGAGCUGUGGAUCCAGCUGCUGCCAGCCUUGCAGCCGCCCUGUCUGCUGUCAGACCACCUGCUGCAGACCUACUUGUGUGUCCACCUGCUGCCAGCCUUCCUGCUGCUGA